AUGUUGAUUAGUUAUUUGUGGAAGAAAGCCUCCAAGUCGUCAAGGGCCAAAAAGAAUAACCAGCAACCAGCCAUAAUAGAUGGAUCUGUCGCUGAAGAUGUCAGCGAGCGAAACAAUAGCACACAGGAAAAGGCAGAACAGACAACGACUAGCACGACAUGCGUGCAUCAGUUCGACACGGCGGCUGGCCCUUGUCCGACUUGCAAAUCUGAACGCAAGGCACGCAUGAACUACAGACUCAAGAUAUUCGGUGGCCUCGUCCUGCCGUUUACACUACAGGCUCUGGACGUGACCAUUAUUGCGGGAGCACUCCCAUGGAUCGCUGCCGACUUUCACGAGACGGGCCAGCUUAACUGGAUCAUUGCAGCCUUCAACCUUACCUCUGCAGCAUUCAUCCCGUUCUGGGGUCAAAUAGCCGACAUCUUUGGACGUCAUCUGUCUAUGCAAGUCUGUCUGGUGGUGAUGCUUCUCGGCAGCGCGCUUUGCACUGGCGCCCCUACGUCCGCCUACCCUGUUCUCCUUCUCGGCCGUGCCUUCCAGGGUAUCGCGUGCGCCGGCAUGAACAUUCUCGUCCGCAUCAUCAUCGCCGAUAAGGUGUCCCUGCGUGAGAAUGCCAAGAAUUGGGCGAUUUUCUCCUUUUGCGGUGGUGUGCUUGGUUGGGGACUCGGUCCCUUCUUGGGAGGUUACAUCACAAGCAAGUCUCACUGGAGGUGGUGCUUCGGCAUCAACCUGCCAAUCGCCUUCGCCAGCAUGAUUGUCAUUUACUUCAUCCUUCGAUCCGAACUCCUUGGGCCUCAGCCGAUCCCGCAGCUCGACGAGACGACCGAGACUGGCCGCCGAACGACUUUCAAAAAGCGGUUCCAAACGAUCGAUCUCGGCGGCCAGCUCCUGUUUCUGUUCGGCUUCGGCCUCUUGAUCCUCGGCCUGUCCUGGGCCGGUGCAACCUACUCGUGGGACAGUCCGGCCGUGCUCGUGACUCUCAUCCUCGGAGUUGUCAUCAGCGUCUUGUUCAUCGCCUACGAAUACCACAUGUCACCCGGAAUGGCCCUCGCCCGCCGGUUUCCCUUCCAGCAGGCCAUGAUCCCCUGGGAACUGAUCCGUAACAGGGACAUUGGCAUCCUAUUCUACACUUCGUUCGCGACUGGCAUGUCGAUGUACGCGGUCUUGUACUUUUGCAACAUCUACUUUACAAUGGUCAAGCUCUGGGCGGCCGACCACGCCGGUACGCAGCUGCUAUUUUUCACACCCGGCUUGGGUGUCGGUGUCUACUUGUCCGCCUUCUUGUGCAACUCAUGGCCGCGCCAGACGUUCCCUCCCAUCUUUCUUGGCUCCAUCAUCGAAAUGGUUGGUGUUGGGCUGCUUGCUUGGUCGAUCUAUACCGAGCACACUCCCACGGUCUACGGAAUGAUGGCUCUCACGGGCGCCGGCACCGGUCUGCGUAUCAUGCCUGUGCCGCUUCACGGCAUCGGCUACUUCCCCAAGAGAAUCGCGGCUGUGAUCUCUCUCAUGGCCGUGGCAUACCCAUUUGGCGGAACCCUCGGUUUGACCGUCAUGACGACGGUGUUCAACAAUGCCUCUGGCCUUGGCAACGACUCCACCAAGGGGGAUUUCACCAAGCUCAAGGAUCUGCCUCCCGACGUGCAAGCCAUUGUUACGCACGACGCCAAGAUGGGCGUUGUCUGGGCAUUCGUCGCCAUUGUUCCAUUCAUGGUUAUCUGUACAUUCAUUGGCUCGUUUCUGGGCAACGUCUACAUCAACAGGGCCGACCAGGGGCAGAAUGAGAGGGAGAACGCCAUCUACGAAGGGGUGUAUCUUCUCAAGGCAUUCCGCAAGGGCUAUAAAAAUCAGAAUAUUACGAUCCGGCAGCACGCGUCAAAUGCAGAGCAAACUCUGUAG